AUGCCUCACGGUGACCCGUGUUUCUUCACUCUCCACCGCCUCGGCCAUCCUCUGUUCGCAUCUCACUCCCCGUUCUUCGGAUUCUUCUCUCUCAGUCUCAAGGGUCAGUCUCUGCAAAGACCUGAUUGUGCCGCCUCACUCUUCAUGGCAAACACAACCAUCAACCCCCUCCUGGAGAACCCCUCGUCCAUGGUCCCCUUAGAUCACACUCUCUCAAUCCUCGACAUGCCGGGGCGUCGCCCCCAACUGGACGGUUGCCCCCUGCACCUGUCGCUCAAGCCGUUCCGGAUUGACAACAGGGAUCCCGGAACAUGGAUCGCUACGUUGCUGUGUACGGAGUAUGGCACAUAUGGAUACAGGUUGUCUCUUGUCUCGUCGCCUCUGCCCCUCCCCUCCUUGCUUACCUCACCGCAAUGCAACUUCCACGAUGUACACUCUACUGCCUUGGGUAUGAUGCCAACGCCUCGCCCGCCAAUCCCCCAAAACAUCAAGGUUUGUUUCAGGAACACCAAUGGGAAAGCAAGCUCGGGGCUAGUUAUCCGCGUCACUCCUUGUCACCGUCCACGCCUGCAACAUGCACCGCACCGCACAGCACCGCUCUGCACCACUUGCUCACGCGCUGGCAGCAGCCCGGACCUCAUGCCGAGCGGCGACUCCAAUACAUACAUGGCACUGCAGCACUACGCAAGGAGCAAGAGACAGCUCGCAGAGACAGAGAUGGACACGGAGAGGGGUCGACGGAAGAGCCACGGCCAAGUCCUCCACCUCCCUCUCAACAGGUCGCCGUUCUCUGAAGAAGCUCCGAGCUCGACAUUUGACGCCGUUACGCCUGCCCUUGACACUCUUCCUCUACCGCAAGACGUUUCCCGUUCAUCCUGCCAGACAGUGAGAACGACGCUGUCAAACACACUCGAGGGCAGCCUCCUCGGUUGCCCACGUGAACAUCUCCAUCCAACAUGCCCGGGACUUACCUAUCUUUCCUCAGACCGAACAGCCGCAGCAUACCAUACACCCGAUUCCAAAAGUCGCAGGCCGUCAAUAACAUGA